UAACUGCAGAAGGAGCUCAGAGAAGAAAAAAAACUCAAAAGUCUCUUAUCUUAACUUUUAUCAUAAAUAAGUCUAUAGGAUUAUAUACCCCCUGAUUUUUUUGAAGUCACAUGGGCGUUCGUAUCACGUUAGAGCACAUUCUCCGCGCGGCUGCUUGGACAUAAGCCAGCCCGUGGCUGGUGUUAAGCCUGGACAGAUACUCGCAGCCAGCUAAUUUCUCUCCUCUUCAUUCCUGAGGCAGGACUGCGCUGCGCCCACCCCCUGAGAGAGAGAGAGACCAUCAGCGCAGCUUCUUCACACAGCAGAUCCUCUCCGCUCCUCUCUCUCUGUCUCACACGAUGCUCUUACGGUGAGCGGAUCAGUCUGAUCACAGCGCGCGUCCUCCUCCUCCUCCUCCAGCGCCUUUCUGACCCGGGAGAAAGGAGUCGCGGGACAGGCGGGGACUCUCCACAUCAGCUCUAUAUGAAUCCGUUCCCUUUCUAACCGAUCAAAAACACGCGCGAAUGAGUGAAACCAACGGGGGCUUUGUAAUAUGAACUUUCUGCCGAGUGGAAUAUGUGUUUAUCUGUCUGUAGCAGCCUGCUGGUUCACCUCGAGGGUCGACUCGUCCUGGUGGUACAUGGGCACCCUCGGCUCGCAAGUGAUGUGCGACAACAUCCCCGGGCUGGUGAACAAACAGCGCCAGCUGUGCCGCCAGCAUCCCCGCGUGAUGCAGGCUGUAGGAACCGGAGUUAAAGACUGGAUCAGCGAGUGCCAGCACCAGUUCCGCAGCCACCGCUGGAACUGCAACACCGCCGAGAGAGACCACACAGUCUUCGGCAAGCUGCUGCUCAGAGGCAGUCGUGAGGCCGCUUUCGUGUACGCCAUUUCCUCCGCGGGCAUGGUUCACACCCUGACCAGGGCCUGCAGUCAGGGAGAGCUGGACACCUGUGCUUGUGACCCAGGAAAGAAGGGCUCGUCUCGAGACAACAAAGGGUCCUUCGACUGGGGUGGCUGCAGUGACCAUGUGGACCACGCCAUCAAGUUCACCCAGGCAUUCGUCGAUGCCAAAGAUCGAAAAGAGAGGGACGCACGUGCAAUCAUGAACCUACAUAACAAUCGUGCGGGAAGAAAGGCAGUGAAGCGUUUCAUGACCCUGGAAUGUAAAUGCCACGGGGUGAGCGGUUCGUGCAAUGUGAGGACCUGCUGGCUGGCCAUGGGCGACUUCAGGCAGACAGGCGACUACCUGCACAAGAAGUACAACAGCGCCGUCCAGGUGGUGAUGAACCGCUACGGGACAGGCUUCACCAGCAGGAAGUUCAAAAAGGCCACCAAGAAUGACCUGGUUUACUUUGAGGACUCGCCCGACUACUGUAUAGGGGACCACGACUCUGGAUCAGUGGGCACUGGCGGGCGUGUGUGCAACCGGACAUCACACGGAGCUGACAGCUGUGAGGUCAUGUGCUGCGGCCGAGGCUACGACACGUCCCGCGUGAGCCGCACCACCAAGUGCGAGUGCAAGUUUCACUGGUGCUGUGCCGUCCACUGCAGAGACUGCCAUGAAGAGGUGGACGUCCACACCUGCAAAGCUCAGUCGUGAUUUGUAUCUCCAGUUGCAUUGACCCCAAGGCUAAAGAAGAUAUGAGCCAAUGUUGACAACGCUUCUGAGUGUAGCAGGGCUGAUCUAGGAUCAUAUUUUUGGACAAGAUGGGUGGAUUUUUAGUAGGAAUGGAAUACAUUUAUAUUUACAUUUAUGGCACUUUUUCCUUUCCUCUGAAAUUGCUGUUGAGGUUUUUACAGUUUAUGACUUAGAAUUUAGUCAAAUUACAGAGGUAGGUGAGCAUAUGAACAGCUGUAUGCUGAGAAAACAGAACAAUGUUUAAUUUACACAAUUUACCCAUCGUCCCAGUGCAGUCAGUAUGUAAAGAUGAACAAAAGGUUGAGGACACUAAACCUACAAGACCAAGCAUAAGAUGAGUUCAAUAACUUUGCAGUGGCAACAUAUAGGCACAUUCUUAGCUAAAUUGAGUUCAUAUGGAGCCAGACUUACAGUUUUAGUUGUAUAUUUCUGUAAUAUUAGAGGUGAAAUUGUAACUGAUGGCAGUUCACAUUAGCAUGUUGUAGCAUGGCAGUGUUAGCCAUCUCAAAUUCUUGCUGCCUUGAUAACCCAGGUGCACACAGACCACUAAGAAGAGUACUUUUGAAAUUACUUAAAAUGCCUAUCCGUAUUAUUGGUUGUGAUAAGCUACCUAGCUAAGGUAAGCUAACCUUAACUGAAGCCCAGUGCUCACGUGUUCUGGAGAAAUUUAGCUAGCUCAGCAUCCCAAUACUUUUGUCCAUAUAUAGUGCACAGUCUUGGUUGACUAACUGUUUAGGUUCAGGUAGACAUUGUGGAAAUUAUUAUUUUUUCAUUGUCAAUAUGUGUUCCUUUAAACACGUAUUAUGCAAUAUAUUGAAAGCUUUACAAUCUUCACAAGGAGAGGAGUUUUCUGAUCUUAGAUCAGCAUGCUUAUGAAAGGGUCUGAGCCCCAAUUUAAAACAUUAUGAUUUUUAACUUUAAAAAAGUACUAAACACAGCCUCUGUUGUUAAUCAAACAUAAAUCACAAUAUUUAAAUAUAAAACAUCAAUGUAACCUGUGCAAAGUUUUGGGCACUUUACAUUUAGUAACACUCACUUUGUCAAACCUUCUUUGUCACUUUUUUGUAGCCAGCCAUUGGGCAAGGUGUUUUUCAUGAAGUUUUCAUGUGUUCUUUUCUGUGACGAUUAUUUGUUUAAGCAGUGCUGCACAGAGAAUGGGUGCUUACCGCUCUCUUGACUCAACUGAACUUUCAUACAGGUUCUUUGAGGCUUGGAUUUGCCUGUCUUACCAGCAUAUGAACAGUUUUCUAGGGCUUCCAGAUCUUCUGUUGACUUCCACAGUUCCCAUGAAAAGCCAGUUCUUAAUAACAGUCUCCAAUGUGGAAACAUAUAUAAUUUCUUUGCUUUGUGCGUAAAAAAUGUUUUUAACUUUGAUUAGCUACUGAGGGUGUUUACUACAUUUUAAUUAAUCAAACCUAGAAAUUGUAAUGUGGCCACAGGUGUCCAGACAUUUACAUGAGCCUGUCUUUUAUAAAUUCCCAGCCUGACCUCAGAGCAUUAAGCAGUGUGGUUAGAACUAGCAGCCGUCACAAAAAAGCAGGUGAUAUUAAGACACAGUGAGGGUUUCUUGGUCCUUCUCAAACCAGUUCCCAAACACACCUGAACCUAAAACACACAACUUCUAUAAGAAAACUAGGUUUAAAGUCUUAGUCAUUCUUUGUACAAUCUUUGCUUGUUUAAUUUCUACUAUCAUAUUAUAUUUAUUAAAGUCUUUGAUUAAGAUUGUUUAUCUGCAUUGCAUUAUAUAUGUUGAAAUGUAAAUACAAACUGUAAUAUGUAAUUUAAAAUAAAGCUUACAUGUAUAUGUUAA